UACGCUGUAGCCAUUGGACGAUGUAUAUAUAAAAUCUUUUUUGCGCUACGGAUAAUUGGCUAUUGCGUGUCGCUGCGCGCGUCGUGCCACGCACUAGCGCUGCAGCCGAGUUCUCUCAGAAAUAGAGAAGCACAGCAAAUGGAAGCAGGAGAAGGACGAAUACGAACGGGGGAGAUCUCGCUAGGGGUCCUAAAGAAGGCGUCAGCUCAGCUUAUCCGUAAAGAUAUAGUGAGUUACAUACACAUCGAGGACAGGCCACAGGCCCUCAAAUUCGCCGCAGGGGAUGCAGAUGGGACCCACCACUACGGAUGUCCAGUGAGGCUCGGAUGCUAUAUCGCGCCAUUUCUCCGCUUGUUCGAAUGCGUCGGACAAGGUAUCGUCGAUGAUUCUGUAGUCGUGGUCGGUCAGUGGAAUGGGAGGGUCACGAACGUAAGCCCAUCUCACCUCGCAACGGCUCCACAGCUCCGUGAUGGGCUCGCGGAGCGAUACACCAGUCUCCUCGGCAUUCCUUAAGGGAAGAAAUUCGAUGUUUGGGUUGAGGUAUGUCAGGUCGCCUUUGUCGAGGUGGUCUUCCAAGGCUCUUUGGAGCGUAAAGAUGAACCCGCAUUGACUGCGCUUCUUUGAGCGUCUGCGUCGCUUCCGGUCGCCCUUGUCGCCCCUUUCUGGGUGUCGCUGUCACCACUUCUUUCGUUGGCACCGCCUCCUUCGGGGAUCUGUCUCUCCUUUAUCGCGUGUCGCGGCGUUCAGUCGUUGCGAGGUGGCGUUGCGCGCAAUUUUGCCGCUUUGUCUGGGAGUGUAGGCGGUCGAACACAGCUUCAUCAUGUCAUAAGCAGUGGCGAUAGGUGGGAUUAUCGAGUGUUGAGUGCGAUAUUGAUGUUGUUGUAAUGUUCGCAGUUCGCCGUCAGCUUGGCGGGGCGCU